CUACUUUGGACUACUAGUGGACUUAAUAGUUUUGUGUAUUUGUAAAGGUGUUUUGGUCCAAAUAUGGAAUCCUCCUCCCUAUAAUAAAACCGAAUGAAAUAGAUCAGAACAGCAAAGUGGUGAGUGAGUAAACUACUACUAACUAGAUAAGGAAAAUGAAAGGCAGCAAAAGUGAAGGUGGAGAGGAACCGAUUAACGCCCCGUUAAUAGAAAAACAUUCGUCACCGGUAACUACAGUACUGCAACUGUAUCCUCAAAAUAAUGAAAUACGAGAUGAUUUACCAAGUAGAGUUUGGAUUGAAUCGAAGAAGUUAUGGCAUAUUGUUGGUCCAACUAUCUUCAGCCGUAUAUCUUCUUACUCUAUGUUCGUUAUCACCCAAGCAUUUGUUGGUCAUUUGGGUAACCUUGAGCUUGCUGCAUUUGCCCUGGCAACUACUGUUAUUGUUGGUUUUAUCUUCGGGUUAUUGUUGGGAAUGGCCAGUGCGUUAGAGACGUUAUGUGGUCAAGCAUAUGGAGCAAAACGAUACCAUAUGCUAGGAAUUUACUUGCAACGUUCAUGGGUUGUUUUAACUAUCUGUGCAAUUUUUCUUCUACCAGUACAGAUAUUCACUACACCGAUUCUUAAACUAUUGGGCCAACCAGAUGAUUUAGCUGAGCUAUCAGGCUUAGUGACGAUUUGGUUAAUUCCACUUCCUUUUGCCUUAGGUUUACAAUUGCCUUCACAAAGAUUUCUUCAAUGUCAACUCAAGACACCAAUAAUUGCUUGGAUAUCUCUGGGUGCCCUAUUGAUUCAUAUUUUCCUUACCUGGUUAGUCGUUUCAAAACUUGGUUUUGGUGUUAUUGUUGCUGCUGCUACGCUAAAUGUCUCCUGGUGGAUUAUAUUUUUGGGAAUGUUUGCUUAUAUUGUUGGUGGUGCUUGUCCUGAAACUUGGACUGGUUUUUCUAUGGAAGCUUUUUCUGGCCUUUGGGAGUUUUUUAAACUCUCUGUGGCUUCAGGCGUCAUGUUAUGUUUGGAGAAUUGGAACUACAGAAUAUUGGUUUUAUUGACUGGAAACUUGAACAACCCUACGGUUGCGGUCUCAGCUCUCACUGUCUGUAUGAGCAUAAACGGGUUGGAGAUGAUGAUUCCACUUGCUUUCUUUGCAGCAACCGGAGUAAGGGUUGCAAACGAGCUCGGAGCGGGGAAUGGAAAAGCUGCAAAAUUUGCUACCAAAGUUUCAGCAAUUACAUCUUUGAUAAUAGGGAUAUUUUGUUGUACAUUGAUAAUGAUUUUCCAUGAGAAGUUGGCAAUCUUUUUCACCACGAGCGAUGACGUCCUCCAAGCAGUUGACAACCUUUCAUUCCUCUUGGCCUUCACCAUUCUCCUCAACAGCAUUCAACCCGUUCUCUCGGGGGUAGCCGUUGGCUCAGGAUGGCAAGCCUCGGUAGCAUACAUUAACAUCGGCUGCUAUUAUAUCAUCGGCAUUCCACUUGGAGCCUUCCUUGGAUGGGGUUUCCAUCUUGGUGUUCCAGGAAUAUGGAGUGGGAUGAUAGGUGGUACCGCUAUUCAAACGUUGAUAUUGGUCAUAAUCACCAUUAGAUGUGAUUGGGAUAUGCAGGCUGAAAAGGCAAGCUCCCGGAUGAAAAUGUUGUCAAAUUCACUAGGAAAAUCAUAAAAGCAUUGUUGUUGCUGGUUUGGGAUUCUGGGUCUUCUGCUUUAUUUUUGCGUGUCUAUUUUGCUUUCAGAAAUGGGUGUUUUUCCUUUUUUUGGAAGUAACAGGUUGAAUGAGUUUUAUUGAUAAAAAGGAUGUGCAACUCUCAUAUUGCAACCUUAUGCUAAUUUCAAUUAUACAUCGCAAACAAGAACUUUAUGAGAGGCAACUUUCUGUCUCAGUGUAAUCGUUAUAAGCAGCAGCAUGAUUACAUAAA